UGUGAACGGCUCCGUCGUCUGCAGCGGAGGUACAGCGCCCUCGCAUACUCCCUGCGGCGCACGGAAGGGACGCGAGGGUUACGAGACGUCUACGGACAGAAGGCAUCAGUUUCACUGGACAAGGCGCAUUUUUAAAAUUAAAUUAUCCCCUCCUCAGCACAUCUGAGUAUUUGUGACUUAUUGUAUGCUUUGCGCGUGCACUUGUGCCACAGCUUUGUGGUAGUCAGUACGUACAAGAGCGGGCUUUUCUAAAUAAACAAAAUUAAUUAUAGCAUAAAAUACCAUAAACCUAAAUAG